AUGGCCCGGGAUCUGGUGUGCGAUUUUUGCAAGGCGCACAUCAAGCCUCAUGUGCCGCUUCCAGCACAGUCAGGUCGCAUCACUCAGUUCAACCAGUUAGUCGGGGUGGACGUGAAGUACCUCCCAGGUUGGUUGCCUAACCAAAAGAUCAAGUCUGUUAACAUGGUUGAUCAGGGGUCGUGCUUUCAACAGAUUGUUCCCUUCUUUGAGCAAGAGACAUCAAUGUUGAUUGGCAAGAUCUUUGCCGAAGCCUGGGUCCGCUGGGCCGGACCUCCGGAGUCUGUGAUCGUCGAUCCUGCACAAACCAUGUUAGGGCGUCCUGUGGCGUCUCAAGUGCACGAGCCGGCUGAGCCGAGCCAAGAUCCUGGUCCCUUCGAGAUCUCUUCUCCGGGAAGCAAUGUAGACAUGCAUGUCACAAAACCGCAUGAUGCCGAGCAUGAGCCAGAAUCUCAGGUCAAAGACCGUGCAAUUGAGCCAUAUGUGAAUCCUAAGUCCCUACCAUAUGUCCCGGAAGAGGAAUCCUCGUAUGGUCCAGUGCGGCGUAGAGUCUCCACCAAGUCUCAAUCGUCUUCACUGUUUCGGCCACCAGCUAUGCUAGCGGAUGAUUUUUCAGAGUUGAUGAAAGACCUCGUGCCAUCCCUUAUCGAGAAUGCCAUUUCGAGUGAACAGGGAACAUCAAGCAGUUCCGCUUCAUCCGCGGCCGGAGUCAAGCGUGAUCGUGAAGACGAUGUGACACCCAUUGAAGAACCACCGGCUCAACGUGCACGGAAUGUGGAUUCGGAAGUGCUGUCGAUCGAGGAAGUCGCCGAAGCUUGGAAUGAUGGCAUUGAAACCCUCAUUGCUGCUCACAUCCAAAAGAAGCUCAGUAAAGAACUCCCUCCUCAUGGCAACCCACCAGAACUUCAAGCUUUGGUGGAUGAAUCCAAG